UCUGAGUCGGUGGAAUUUAUAUCCAGGAGCAACAAAGAGCCUCUCGGUUUCUUCGUUUUCCUUUUCUACUUUUUUGGUGUGUUUUUUCAGGUCAAAUGGCAGGCCUCGCAGUCACGGGUAAUCCCUUUUCGUUACAGCUGCUGCAGAGAGUGCUGUACACCUGUGGCUCUUCGCGAUGAUCUUCUCUCUAAGAAUUUUCGGGCAAAAUCUGGGGCAGCAUACGCAAUGAACAUUGUGUUGGGGCAGAAGGAAGAAAGACAGUUCCUGAGUGGAUAUUUUGUGGUUGCUGACGUCUACUGCAGCAGCUGUUUCGCGUCUUUGGGAUGGAAAUACAUUCGAGCUUAUGAUGCCAGAGAGAAGUACAAGGAAGGGAGGUUUGUAAUUGAGGAGGCAAAGAUUUUGAAAGAAUACUACUGAAAUUGCAGGCAGCGAAUGCGUUGGGUGGUGUCACAUGUAAACUCGUUGCGUUUUAAUGCUGGCAAAUCCCUGAACCUGUGGAUAAAGGAUAAGUCGUGGUCUUGAAAGACUCUGCUGUGCUAAAUCUCCUCUCCUUGAGUGUGUGUGUGUGAGAGUGUGUGGGGUCAAAUACAUUGGAUACA